GAGUCUUGAAAGAAUGUAAUAUACACACACUGUGCACUUAUAGGCAUGCCACUGAACUGAAAGCAUGCAUGUACACAUAUCUACAGUCACUACCAGUAAAUCUUCUGUCUUUUUUGGAGUUUUCUGAAUGAAUUUAGAUCUGAGAACAUGUUUCACAAACUAACAGGGGUUGGGAAAGAGGAAGACAGGAUGAAGUGGGAUUAAAACUGAUAUCUUCUGAGCUCAAGGCAGAGACACACUUGUAGAGUCUAUGUAUUCUGCUGGAUGCCAGGAUAAAGCAGGCACGUUACAUGUUUCUUCCUCUUGACAAGAGGUACACCUUCUUUAGAUGGUCAUCAGUCAGGGUUGGGGCUUAUUGAUUGUUUGGGACAAGAGGUGUGAUGUCUCCAGUAGUGGAUGAAACAGCUGGGGAUCUCCCAGUCAGGGAUGUGGGGAUGAUGAGAGGAGGACUUAUGCCAACUGUCCCAGAUACUCUGCGAGAUACAAAACCAUGGAAGAAACAUCAUGUACUGAAGACAAAAGACCUACAUCGUGUAUUUCGGUUUCCCAAAGAGCAUCUGGAGGACCUGUGUUUACGGCUACAGGAAGAGAACAGCAUGCUGAAACAACACACACGUACACAAGAGCAGAGACUACGCAGGAUGUCCACCAGACUGAUGCGCAUCCAACAGGCUCGUCCCAGCUCUGGUGGUGUUAAGGAGAGGGACAUGGAGGACACCAUGCAGGAGCUGGAAGCCCGUGUGGCAAUGCUAGAAAGCCAAAAGGAGGUCCUGCAGAAUAAGUUAACCCUGGCCAAGCAGCACAUUAUGGACCUUGGAGGGCGCACACCAUACAAGCUCAGCAAAGGUAAAAGUAUUGAAGGGGAGGGUGGAGUCAGGAGGGCAGCGCAGACGGCUCCACCUCGCUAUGGACCAUCACUAGAAGACACAAAAGCAGAGAUGGAACGAUUCAGGUCCAGUGUGACGGAGCAGGUUCGGAUCGCAGAGCUGGAGCUGACUGCACAGUCACUCAGAGACACACUGAGAGAGAAGGAGAAGGAGAUAGAAGGAACCAUGAAAGACAUGAGGAGGUCACAGGCUGAGAGACACAGAAUCACUAUCAGAGAGAAUGUGGAUCUGAUUCGUCUACAAAAGCAGCUUUCAGAAAAGAGCACUGCCCUGAGAAUCACCCAGGAGAAGUUUAACAACUUGCAAGAAGCUUUUGAGAAACAGUUAGACGAGAGUCAAAAGUCACUGAGGGAAAGCCAGACGGCUCUACUGGGGAAGGUGGAGGAGCUGACUGAACAGCUGAAGCAGGAGAGACAGAGAGCGUUGGGGCUGGAGGGAAAGCUUACCUCUGCCUCCCUCUCUCUGCAGACGCUGGACAAGUUACAAGAUAGGAUAUCAGACCUAGAAGGAGAGAGGGACCUCAUAAAAGAAAACUAUGACACUCUACUUGAAAGAACUUUAUCUGUUCAAAGUAGUCAUGAUGUUCAGACUGAAAAACCAACAGAAGUGAAGUUAAAGAUGGAACAACAUGGAGAAAACGUGUGGAGAAUGGACAUCCAAAGACUGGAACAGAUGCUGCAAGUUGAAAGGGAGGAGAGAAGCAGACUGGAACUGGAGAAAGAGAGACUGAGACAAGAGAAGGAGAGACUAGAGGAGCAGAGAGCACGAGAAAGAGAAUCUCCUGUGUUGACGAGAAACAAACCAGAAAAUCUGCAACAUGAAAUUCUCCAAUAUAAAGAGCAGAUAUCUACUCUACAGGAAAGACUGGACUCUGUCACCAAGGUGUUUGACAUGAGUGUUGAGGAUCUCAGUGAUACACUUAUACAGAUUAGGGCCUUUAGGAUGCAGCAGGAAAGCAGAGAGAUCCCGUGUUUCCUUGAUGUUGACGGAAAAGUGGAUGAUUCACCUCAUGAGCUCACAAACAUUCAGGCAUCACAUGCUGAGACUGUGCUAGAAUUACAGAAAACUCGAAACCUUUUAUUGCUGGAGCAUCGCAUCACCAAGGACGCGCAGGAAGAGUUGAACAUAGUCACACACAAGAUGGAGAGGGAGAGGGAAGAGAACAGGAGGAGGAUAGCAGAGAAAGACAAACUUCUAUCAAAAAGAGCUCUACAGAUUAACACAUUACAAGCCCAGUUGAAAGAGCUAGUAUACAGCCCUAGGAAUUACAAACGGACCAUCCCAAUACAGUACACUUUGCCAGCUGGAGAUCAGGAAGUGGAGGAGCCCACUGAAGAUGAUCUGUCACUCUCUCAACUGAGGGCUGGAGAGUCACUGUUGGAGAUUCAGCUUAAGGCUGCCACUUUCACCCCAGCAGGGCUUCGGACUCUGACUACCCUUUGUCCUUUAGUGGAUGGAUCUGAAGACAUUGUGACCUUUUGCACCUACGGCCUCUUGGAUUUUGAAGUUCACUCCACUCCUAUGGUGUCAGGCAGCCACCCAAACUAUGGCUUUACAUCCCGCUACACUCUGACAGCCCGUGAUCUGGGACGGCUGGGAGGUCAGGGGUCAAGGGUCAAAGUGGAACUCCACCAGGCGUUAGGGGGUGUUCAGUUUGUGACGCAUGGAAGUGGGCAGAUGUCACUCAAGGGAGCCAUGGGAAGGAGAGGGGAGCGAAAUAAUGGACGUGUAAAUAUCACUGGCUCUGAGGGUCAAAUUGUAGGUGUUGUGGAUUUCUGGGUUCGACUGUUUCCUCCUGCAGAGCCAAUGGACACUAUUACAGAAAGAGAAGUUGAACGGAGAACAGCGCCACAAAGGAGACCAGUACAAAUCUCACUGGGUUGGCAAGACAGUCAACAUGAGGAGUUACAUGACUAUGGUGGAGGGAUACCCAAUGAGUUGGUGGUUAUGUUGGAGCGCUGUGUUGGCUUAAGUGCACGCUGGCCUGGACUCCUUCCUGAUGCCUACCUGCAGUAUAGGCUCUACGACCUGCCACCACAUGUCUCUGAAACAGUGCAGUGUACUCCUGACCCGGUGUUCAACGACACUACCAGCUACCCACUAGCAGUAACAGCUGAUGUGCUGCACUACCUGAGGUCAAGCAGUCUGUGGAUCUAUGUUUUUGAUGAUAGUGAUGAUCAGAUGCCACCAGCUUAUCUGGCUAAGACCCCAGUCCCACUUCGAGUUCUUGCCACAGGCAGCGAGAUCAGAGGUGACUAUGUCCUGAGGGAUCCAGCCGGUGGCCCGCGGGGUAUGGUCAGAAUCAUGAUAAAGUGGAAGUACCCUUUCCAUCCACCAGCAGACACUACACUUGGACGACAGGGGAGACAGGACAGGACAGUGGAAGGCACUGAAAGGGAGAAGCUGAAGAGAGAAGGGGUUGAGGUGUCACAGAGGCCCAUAGCCAAGCCCAGAGUGAAGAUACUUGUGGAAAAAACUUCAAGUUGCACACACAUCAAUCAACACAGUGAAAGAUUACAGACUCAGCUACUGGAGCCAAAAGGAACCCGAGCUGAAACAAAAGAGACAAAAGUUCAGCCUCAAUCUCCAUCUGGUAAACAGAAGAGUUCACAGGAACUAACCACAGACAAGAAAAAGUCCACCAAGAGGCCACCUGACCUUUACCGUGACACACUCCGCCUGACACCUGAGCCACGACUGAUGUCACCCUCUCGGUUAUCAACAAGCAGACCAUCUUCCAGACAAUCACCAGCUUCAUUGUCCAGGGGAAGCUCUGCUAGUGACAUCAGGACUCAGGAUCCUCAGUCUGUGGAUCAGGUGUCAGAAGAUAAAGAAGAGGAGAAUGAGAGUGAGGGGAGUGAAGCUGCAGAAUCUUCAGAUUCACAUUCCUCCCAAAGCGACAUUAUCAUCAUUCCCCCAACACGCAAAGUAAGAAAAGGGCAGAAGAUGAGAGUUGAGAUCCUGUCGCUGACAUUUGAACCAUCCUCACAUGUGGCGCUGGAUAAAUCAAUUCAGUGUGUUUAUGUGGAAUAUCGACUACUGGGUGUUCCCAUGGAGACAACAGAAACACCAAUGUCCCUCCGCAAGCCCACAAAGGGGGAGGAGAUUCACUAUAACUUCACAAGAGUGAUCUAUGUGGAUGGCCUCCACUCAGCUCCACUCCGACAGUAUCUUUACACUAUGUUGGAGAGGACGGAUCCCAACAAUGGCAGGUUGAAAUUCACAGUAGUCAGCGAGCCGAUGGAUGAGGAGGAGGAGGAGUGUGUGGAUGUCGGACAUGCCUUCGUUGACCUCCAGGAACUGCUGCUCACAGGAAAUGAUGUCAUUGAACAACAGAUCGACAUCGUGAGUGUGGAUGAAGAUAAAGAAGUGAUUGGAAAUCUCAAAGUGUCUGUAGAAGCAGCAAAAGCUCUAACUGGGAUAUAUAAAGAGUUUCACCCGAAGAAGCACACUAAGAAAAAAGAUGAGACAGAGGAAGAUGAGGAUGAAGAUGGAGAUGAAGGUGAAGACAGAGGUGAAGAUAAAGAUGAAGUGGAGAAGGAAGAAGAGGAGCAGGAAAAAGCAAGCAAGAAAAAAAAGAUGCAAAUGACAGAUUGUGAUGAUGACAGUGACUUCUAAUGAAAGUAUAAAUAAGAGGUGAUCAAAGAAUGAGUCUACACAAAGGGCAAAGCCAUUCCUCUGAUGUUUAUUCAACAAUUUUCAUAAGAAAUUAACCAAAUAAUUAGAAAU